CAGCGCUUUAAUAGCCGAAGAUUACGUCUCCAGAUAUCAAAAACCUUUCAAAUGCAAAGUCUAUAAUAGGCUAAUCAAAUAAUAACCUUUACCUAGUGAAAAUCAACAAAUCUUCAGCAAUCUGAGCUUGAUACGUGGGAACACUGUCUUGAGAAGUGAUAAAUAUCUUAAAUUAAGUGCAUCGAUGUGUCUAUGCCACAAGUGUUCAGUUUUCAUCGAUUUGACGUGAAUAUUUACUUCUUUUGAAAAAUCAACCAUGGACAACACAGCCUGUCUUUUGGAUCACCUGUUGACUUUGAGCCUGUCAACUGCGCAUGCGUCAACUGCGCUGCCAUUUGCGGCCACUACUGGCCACUACUACUGGCCACUGCUACUGGCCACUGCGGCAGCACUAUUUAUAUGGCACUGGAGACGCAGACGCUACCUGCGGCUGGCGUCUAAACUGCCCGGGCCGCCAACCUAUCCUAUAGUCGGCAACGCUAUGAUGUUUGCUACGAGACCUGAUCAACCGUUGACUAUAUGCAGUGAACUUACAAAGAGAUACAACCGGAAACCAUUCCGUGUGUGGAUUUUCUUCGAGUUCUCCGUGGUGGUGAUGUCUCCAGACGACGUGGAGACUGUGUUGGGGCCCCAACUUUUCCAGAAGAGCAUCCAAUACGACAACUUCCGGUCACUUAUGGGCGGAGGCAUUUUCACAUCCCGGAACCUCGGUCAAUGGCGUCAUAACCGCAAGCUUAUGACACCUGCUUUCCAUUUCACCAUACUCAAAGGUUUCCUGGAUGUGUUUUUCCAGGAGGCUAUUGUGUUGGCUGAUAAGAUAGAACGAGAUCACAACGGGAAAUCAGUGAAUUGUCUGCCUCUAGUUGGGCUCUGUACUCUGGACACAAUAUGUCGUACAGCUAUGGGGGUGUCGGUCAAUGCACAAAAUGGCGGAGGGGGUGACUUUGUGCGUGACCUUGAAACUGUAUUACAGAUCUGGCAAAACCGCAUGGCGAAGGUGUGGUUAAGUAUUCCGUUUAUUUUCGCGCUGACUUCAAUGAAAACCGUUCACGAUAGAGCAGCCAAAAGGGUUUUGGAGUUCACAGAAAAGGUGAUACAGAAAAAGCGGCUUAGAUUCAAGGAGAAGAAACGUGAUAUAUUAGAUGAGAAAUCCGAUGAUUUAUCAGAUAACAAGCAUUGCAAAAUGGCGUUCCUGGACUUGAUGCUUGAGAGUGGUAUGUCCGAUACACAACUACGAGACGAAACUAUGACCAUCAUAAUCGGGGGACAGGAAACCACUUCUACAGAACUCAGCUUUGCCCUGCUAAUGCUCGCUCUACAUCCAAGUAUACAGGAAAAAGUCCACGAGGAGCUGGAUGCAGUGUUCGGCGAGGAUAGUCGAGCUGCCCCGAGCAUGUUCGAGCUGAACAGUCUCGAGUAUUUGGAGCGAGUCAUCAAGGAAACAAUGAGGCUUUUCCCCGCUCUGCCAGCCAUUGGGAAGAGGUUACAGGAGGAUAUACAUGUUGGACAGUACGAAAUACCUGCAGGGGUGGACAUCGGCAUCUUCGUCUACGAAACCCACCGUGACCCCGCCACUUGGGGUCCCACCCCCCACCAUUUCAACCCCGACCAUUUUCUGCCCGAAAAAUGCCGCAGCCGUCACCCCUACUCAUAUUUCCCUUUUUCGGCCGGCCUCAGAAACUGCAUCGGCCAAAAGUACGCUCUGCUCCAGAUGAAAAGUGUCCUCUCCACGCUGCUGAGGAGGUACACUCUGGUUUCGGGACCUGGACACACUUGUAUAGAGGACAUUGAACUAGUUAUGAACACCACGUUGAAAUCUAGGAAAGGAUUUGAGGUGAUAUUCAACUUGAGGAAUAAUAAUUCUGUGUAAAAUCAUAGAGAAAAGGUAUGUAGCAUAAGAAGAUAUCCCAUGGUAUAGGGCGUUUUGUUCCUAAUUCCACUGUUGACUCAAGCCGAUAGUCUCAGUAGUAACUAUGAAUAGUAUAAAUUGAUAAAAACAAUUUUAAAAUCUUGUAGUACCCUUUAUUUAUUGAAAACUUUGAAAUAGUUCAACAAAUAGUUCAUUAGUUUUUUGUUAUCUACGUAAACUAGUGGAUCUGUGAACAGUAGACCUCACGCAGUAUUCUCAUCCACAAGUACCUGAUGUCACUAGUUUUAAAUGUUCACAAAAUCAGUUCACGUUUGA